AUGGGAAACCACAGCAACCAUACCUGUUUGACAGAUGAUACCUUCAAGUACAACUUGUAUGGAGCUGUCUACAGCGUGGUCUUCAUCCUUGGUUUGGUUACAAACUGUGCCUCCCUCUUUGUUUUCUGCUUCCGGAUGAAGAUGCGAAGCGAAACCGCCAUUUUCAUGACCAACCUGGCGGUGUCCGACUUGCUUUUUGUCUUCACCCUGCCUUUUAAGAUUUUUUACAACGUCAACAGGCACUGGCCUUUUGGAGACAGCCUCUGCAAGAUCUCUGGCACAGCAUUUCUCACCAACAUCUACGGGAGCAUGUUGUUCCUCACCUGCAUCAGCGUCGACCGCUUCCUCGCCAUCGUCUACCCCUUCCGCUCCCGCACCAUCAGGACCAGGAGAAAUUCUGCCAUAGUCUGUGCUGGUGUUUGGAUCCUGGUCCUCAGUGGGGGGAUUUCAGCUUCACUCUUCUCCACGACCAACAUUUCCAACACCAGCACGACCUGCUUCGAAGGUUUCUCCAAACGGAUUUGGAAAACCUACCUGUCUAAGAUCACUAUAUUUAUUGAAGUGGUUGGAUUCAUCAUCCCUUUGCUGCUCAACCUCACCUGCUCCUCCUUAGUUCUCAGGACUCUCAGGAAACCUGCCACCUUGUCCCAGAUUGGGACAAACAAAGAGAAAGUGUUGAAAAUGAUCAUUGUGCACGUGGCUAUUUUUGUGGUGUGCUUUGUGCCUUACAAUUCCAUCCUCUUCCUCUACGCCCUGGUGAGGUCCCAAACGAUAGCAAACUGCUCCUUGGAGAGGUUUGCCAGGACCAUGUACCCCAUCACCUUGUGCAUCGCAACCCUCAACUGCUGCUUUGACCCCUUCAUCUACUACUUUACAUCAGAAUCCUUCCAGAAGUCCUUCAACAUAAAAACCCAGAUAAAAAUGGAUUCUCUGUUCAAGACUGAGACACCCCUGACAAAGACAGCCCUACCAGCACCACAGGAUGAGAUAAGUGACCAGGCUAUCACCAAUGGAGGAGACCCAACAUCUGAAUCCCACUUCUAG